CAUGUGCGUGUUGUUGGUCUCUAUGACAACAGGACUAUUAAAGCCUUUAGUGGAGCAGGGGAGAGGGACACGCACAGGAGAUUAUCUGGACAGGUGCUCCGGCCGGCUUGUAUCACCAAAAUGUAGGCCAUUAAAACGAAUAACGAGUUCCCAUAUAAGAGGAUAUAAUACACAUUAUUUUAUUUUUAUUCUGAGUAAAAAGGAGACGCACCAGCAUCUGGUAGUGAUGAGUCUGGUGCCAACGAGCACUAGGACCGAGGAGGAGUAUGAGGACGACUUUGAGAAGGACCUGGAUUGGCUGAUCAGUGAGGAGGGGACGAACGAUGGCCAGGAACCUGACUACGAGGACAUCGAGGCCGAAAUAGACAAGGAGCUGAAGGAGGAGGGGAAGGAGGAAGAGAAGAAGCGAGGGAGGAAGGAGGACAAGAAAAGCCUGAAGGAGGAGAAGUGGGCGAGCAAGUCAGAGAAGGCGGAGGAGGAGGAGAGGUGGCCCUCGCCCAUGGAACCUUUGGAGUUCGACUCCGACCGAGACAGUCCAUAUAAGGGCGGAUCCCCCCUAGCGCCGCCCCCUCCGGUGCUGGAAGACCAACCGGAAGAGGAGAAGAAGUACAUCCUGGAGAAGAUCCAGCUAGCCAAUCGGCAGCUGCAGAACCAGGAAGCGCCGGACAUGACUCGGCGCAGACGCCUUCACUUCAAAGAAACGCUGGUGGAUUUGGUGGUGGCGCCACUGGAGUACGAGAAAGACAGCAGCACCCCCCAAAAGACAAGGGUGGUAGAGCAGGUGAGCAGCACGGCCAGCAAGGAAAUGGAGGUAGAGAGUGAGGUGUCAGGGAAGCUCUCUGAGCUGAAGCUCACCCCUCGGGAAGGGGAAGGAGGAGGGCAGGGGCUCAAGGGUGGGGGUGGUGGGGAGGCUGGCCAGAGUGGACCAGGGAAAGAGGGCAAAGUCCUGGUGGAGAAAGAUGGCAAGUUUGACCUUGUCAGCCUGAAGGAGGUGGAGAGCCGCGGCCUGUUGCUGCCACCUUUAGCGAGCUUCCCCAGCGACAACUCACGCUCGUCCUCCCGUCCAAAUGACCUAAGCCCGAACAAGACCCCCACAUCCUCCCCGCUGCGUCCCAUCUCUAGCACUAUGUCCAUAGGGAUCGAGCACCACCGCGCCCCCAGACCUCCGGCCCAGCCCAGGAACCGGCCCAACUCGGCCAGUCACAGCCAGAGGGGCAGCGGGGGGGGCACCAAGCGCAGGGUGCAGUCGGCCAACAGUGCCCCUACCCAGCAGGCCACCUUCACUCUCUCGCCCCAACAGAAGGAGCUACUGAACAAAAUACAGGAGAGGAGAGAGAGGCUCGUCAGAGAGGAGGAGCAGAGGAAGAGGGAGGAGGAUGAGCAGAAGCGUCAGGAGAAUGAGCUGGCGUUCCGGGCAUGGCUGGUGAGGAAGAGGGAGCAGUUGCAGGAGGAGAAGAGGAUCGACAGAGCCCAGGAGAUGGAGAGAAGGAAUGGCAGGAGGGAGCACAGUGACCCAGGCGAGGCCUUUAAGUCAUGGCUGCAGAGGAAACACGAACAACAGCAGAGAGAUAGACAGCUGGAGGAGAUGAAGAGGCUGGAGGAGGAGAGUGGAUUCUACAUGCACAACCGAGAAGAGUGUGAACGAGCCUUCAAACUGUGGCUGAAGAAGAAGCGGGCAGAGAAGCGGGCGGAGCAGCAGGCGGCCAGAGAGCGCUCCCGCAGGCUGGUGUUUGAGGAGCGGCGCGCCCGGCGCAUGCAGGACCUCCUGUGCACCGUCAACGAGACCAAGCCUUUCCGCUUCACUGAGCACCUGGCGUACCGCUUCUGAGCGGCUUCUGAACCCACCAUUCGCAACAUCAUACCUCGAGAGGAAAUAGUCGAGAUCUGAGCAAAGCUAAGGGUACGGGGUACACAGAGACACAUGAACACGGAUGAAAUUGUAUACGAUUUAGGGCCUACAUAGUGGUCCAUUUUUGCUCUAUAAAGGUACAACUAAUCUACACUUUUUCAUAAGGAAAAAAUAUUUUUUUUGGGGGGUGGGGACAAUCAGCUCCGUUGUCAUUCAUCCUGCAUUGGACGGCUCCCAUUGAAAAAGCAUAGUCUCCAUCCGAAAAAAAACGAAAUCUCAGUGUGGGCGAGGCCUAAGGGAGAGGGGAAUCACCAAAGAAAUCUAGGCUCUGUUCCAGUAUCAACUUAAAAUGAGGCAUUUUUACUGAAAGUGAAUCUUUAGAUGGGAUCAGCACUGUUGACUACUGUUGAGAGAAGGGCUUUGUUUUCUACCUUUUCAUUUGUCACAGAUGAUCCGUUUAGGACCUCCGAAGUUCUGUUCCCUUCGACGUUACCUCGUAAGACAUGCCCAACUCCCAAGGGUUCCGAAUUGAUCAGGUGUCGGGGAUCAAUCCCGUGCUCGCUGUGUACAGUAUAUAAAGAGAUUAUUUGAUCAAAUGAAUGAUUAUAACCAAGGUGACUGGCUCAAUAGCUGUGCGACGACAAAUAUAUAUACAGAAUAUGAUCAUAGGUCUACUGGCACUUGUUCUCUACAUUGUCAACAGCCUCCUCGGUUGCUGAUGCACUUUAACCUAGCCUACUAGAAGACAUUGAGCUCACCAAUGCCUGCAGUGCUAGUAGGUCGUCUCGGUGUGGGUAGCCCAUAUUGCCACUCUUACCACAAUGCCUUUAUAAACCGUUUGUCACCGAGUGUUUUUAAGUUUAUUCUUAAAUCUAUCUUAAGUUAGGUCCUUUGUAGUAGUGGCAUCUACGCCGACCACAUUGUCUUCCGUCAGAGGGCGCCAUUCUACGGCUUCAUUCUAAAGAUGUUUUGAGGUGCUGCGAAGAUUUCUUUUGGUGUGUGCAUUUCUUCCCGAUUUUUCAGUGGGUGCUGGAGCACCCCUACUUCCCGCGGCUAUCUGAUUUGAGACAAUGCACUGACUAAGAGAUUUAAAAAGAAUGAUGGUUUGAUACGGCAUACAUCAUUUGUAAUUAGACAAGUCUGAGUUGGAACAGUCAGUACUAUGAAUAAUUCACCUCUAUGUUUAUCUUGAUAUUUAAGAUCGAUUUACUAAUCGUCAUAUUCAUGGUUAGAUUUUCAAAUACAUUUUUGUAAAACCACUUCAUGAAAUGCUGUUGGUUUACAACUGAACCUAUAGACAAUGUGUUCACAUAUUGUAAACAAUUUACACGUUCCCAAAUAAUAAAGGACACGGUUGAAGUUA